AUGUCCGACUAUCCAAUCCGCCCACCAACGCCUCAGGCAAUGCUACACCGUCUGCCCGACAAGUCCGACGAACCGCGGGAGAGCACGAAGCCAUCCAAGUACAUCAUCGUCAUCAUCGCCUCGACUUCAGUGGCAGGAAAAGUACAAAUCGCCAAAUCAGUUGCCGCCGGCCUCUCUUGCCCUCUCUUUCAAGGCGACAGCUUACACGAGACCUCAGCCAAGGCUGCUACCGUCGGAGCGAAGAAAGGUUUUCCUGGAGGUAAAGAUGACGAGCAAGGCUUUGGGCCGAACGAAGCGAGAUACCAGCGCAUGUGGCUGUCCAAGAUGACAAGAACCGGUCUCCUGUUUCCCGAGGAGUCGCGGCCUGCCAACGAGGGCUUCUCUGGUUUCGGCGGAUCGUCGUCAACCUCGACAAGCCGCCGCGGUUCCGCCAGCUCAAUCGCGUCAGCAUCGUCAUUCUCGGAUACUACCAACUCUACGGCAAGCAUCACCAAAAGCUUCGUCUCACCCACCGCCAAGUACAUCAACAAGCCCCCUGCGGCCGCCUUGUCAGAGAACGAGAAGCUUCGGAAGGCGAACCCAGCAUUGAUGGUUGUCACUCAUCCAGAGCUUCAGCAGUGGCACAAAGAUUCUAUCAGGAAGACCGUGGGAGAGUACGGUAUUGGCAUCAUUUUUGUGCCGCUCUGCGAAGAGGAAGACGACGACCUACCCGUGUUGACGCCGCUGGACCCUAGAACCAUGACCAGCUUCGCUUGCCUUGGUUCUUUCAAUUUGAUCAGAGCUAUGACCUUGGAAGAAGAGACCGUAUUGAGAGUCAACGUGGAAGGGAAGGUUGAAGACAUUAUCGAUGAGAUCAUUGACCAGACACGGCAAAUUAUGGACGGAUGA